AUGCAGGAUAAACUCCCUUCAGAAUUCGAUGUGAUCGUGAUAGGGACUGGUUUGCCUGAGUCCAUCAUUGCAGCCGCUUGCUCAAGAAGUGGCCAGAGUGUUCUACAUGUUGAUUCAAGAAGUUAUUAUGGAGGAAACUGGGCUGGUUUCAGCUUUUCAGGAUUAUUGUCCUGGAUAAAAGAAUAUCAGGAAGAGAGUGAUGUUAGGGAAGAGUGGGCAGCGUGGCAAGAGCUAAUAUUGGAAACAGAAGAAGCCGUUGUUCUUAGAAAGAAGGAUCAGACUGUCCAACAUGUAGAAGUCAUUUGUUAUGCCAGUCAGGAUUCAGAUGAUCAUGUUGAAGAAGUUGGUGCUGUGGAGAAAAAUUCUGUCUCUGAGAUGUCUCCUGACCCAAAGGACCCUCUAGACUUGAUAGACACCGCUUGCUCUGACACAUCUGAAUUACCUGCACCACACAGUGAGCCAGAGACUGCACAGGAAGUACCUGAAGUAGGUGGGACGUUGGAGAAAGAAAGUCAUGAUGGUUAUAUAAAUUGUAGGCAGUCUGCUUUAGAACAGGGCAAACCUGAAAAUGUACGUAUCAUAGCGGAUGUUGCUGAUGCACCUAAGAAGAACAGGAUUACUUACUCCCAAAUUGUUAAAGAAGGCAGGAGAUUUAAUAUUGAUUUGACCUCAAAGCUUCUUUAUUCUCGAGGAUUGUUAGUUGACCUUUUAAUCAAAUCAAAUGUUAGUCAAUAUGCAGAAUUCAAAAAUGUCACCAGGAUUCUUGGAUACCAAGAAGGGACAGUGCUACAGGUACCUUGCUCCAGAGCAGAUGUUUUUAAUAGCAAGAAACUCACUAUGGCAGAAAAGAGAAUGCUGAUGAAAUUUCUGACAUUUUGUUUGGAUUAUGAACAGCACCCUGAUGAAUACAGAGCUUAUGAGGGAAGUACCUUUUCAGACUACUUAAAAACUCAAAGAUUGACACCCAACCUGAGACACUUUGUCCUUCAUUCCAUUGCAAUGACAUCAGAGACAUCCAGCAGCACCCUAGAUGGCCUCAGAGAAACAAGAAACUUUCUCCAAUGUCUUGGGAGGUAUGGCAACACUCCCUUUUUGUUCCCCUUGUACGGCCAAGGAGAAAUACCCCAGUGUUUCUGCAGAAUAUGUGCAGUAUAUGGUGGAAUCUAUUGUCUUAACCAUGCAAUACAGUGCCUUGUAGUAGACAAAGAAUCUAGAAAAGGCAAGGCAGUCAUAGAUCACUUUGGUCAAAGGAUAAGUGCUAAGUAUUUUAUUGUCGAAGAUAGUUACCUUUCUGAGAAAACAUGUUCAAAUGUGGCCUACAGACAAAUAUCAAGGGCGGUGCUGAUCACAGAUCGCUCUGUACUGAAGGCAGAUUCUGAUCAGCAUAUUUCCAUUUUGACAGUGCCACCGGUAGAACCAGGAUCUGCUGCUGUUCGGGUAAUUGAGUUGUGCUCUUCUACCAUGACAUGCAUGAAAGGAACAUAUCUUGUCCAUUUGACUUGUAUGUCCUUAAAAAAAACAGCUAGAGAAGAUUUAGAAUUGGUUGUGCAGAAAUUAUUCACUCCGUAUGCUGAAGUGGAGCUAGCAAAUGGGGAACAAGAAAAGCCAAGUCUUCUGUGGGCCCUCUAUUUCAACAUGAGAGAUUCUUCAGGCAUCAGUAGGGACUCCUAUAAUAACUUACCUUCAAACAUGUAUGUCUGCUCUGGACCAGACUGUUUUCUGGGAAAUGAGCAUGCUGUUAGACAAGCUAAAACAUUUUUUCAGCACAUCUUGCCAAAUGAAGAAUUUUGCCCCCCUCCACCAAAUCCUGAAGACAUUGUGUUCAAUGGAGAUGGUGUACAACCAGAGGUUCUUGCACCCACCAAGCCAGACACUGCCAAAGAAGUCACAGACCAAAGAAACCCAAAAGAGCAUGCUCAAGAAUAG